GGAGUCGAGAGUGAGAAAAUGGAGAGAGAGUGCAGAAGUAGCAGCUGUGUGGUGCUUAUAUUCAUGUUUAACCCACAGGACUGCUGCGACACUGCAUCUGUAUUCCACUUAAUUUCCUCAAAGGCAGUUCUUUCCAAGGUUCCCUCUUUCCUUUAUAUCUCUUCUGUUUUUUUCUUGCCGUGAUAUUGAUCUAUGCUGAUCUUUAUGAUCUCCCUCCUACACUCAUUCUGUCAUGUUCCUUUUUCUAUUGCUUUUAAUGGUACUAAGAGCGACAAGGAGUAGAAUGAUUUUAAUGCCGCAGCUUCUUCACAUGUCAGAGGAGACCUGGACCGGGAGAAUAGAUGGAUUCAUAAAGUUUAAAGGCGACUGUGCCACAUUCAGUCACAAUGGCUCCUUGUAGAAUGUACUACAGAAAUAUUAUUGCACGCCACUGUGAGCCUUGAAUAAUUGAUAGAAACAUGAAAAAGAAAAGAAAAGAAAAGAAAGGAGGGACAGGGAGGAAAAGAGAUACAAAAAGAUUUCUUUUUUUUGGACCCAGACGUCAUCAUGUUACAGCCUCCAGGGCCUUCAGUCAGCUUCAAAUCCAAUUUCCCAGAAAGUCUUAAGCUUUAUGGGCCAAAUGAUCCAGCUGAGGUAUUACUGUACAGGAAGACAAGGAGAGGAUGAAAUGAAACAUUAUCACAAGGUUACGCCACCGCUGGGCCCUCCACCAGGCGAGCAGCUCUGAUGUCGGGCAUCAAUCUAAAACAAUGCACAGUUUUUUACAAUAAGAUGAAUUAUGAUUUUGAUAAUGGCCGGAGCGACUCUCGAGCUGUCGCUGCCUCGAAGGCCGGUUCUCGACUAGCGGCGAGACGCAGAAGGUCACCGGAGUGAUCAGUGUAUCACAGCGGCGGCUGUUAUUUUCCAUUGGCAGAGACCCUGGCCGAGGCAGCGCCACGAUGAAGACGCUGAAAAAAGAGAGAGCCAUUGAGAACAAAUGGGAGCAGUUUGUGUCAACCAAGCCUGGUAGAACUCGUCCGCGGCGCCCUCGCAGCUCCUCCGCUCGCCUCCGCGCUCGCCAGAAGUCUUCCUCGCUCUCAACCCUCACCCUCACCACCGCGGGCGGCAGUCUGGCCUCUCUGGUCCCAGACACUGAGGAGGACACGGAGGAUGCAGGAGCAGCAGAGGAGGCAGGCCGGCCUCCUUCAGAGUGUUUCCACACACCGACUCAUGUCAGCCAGAGAUUCAAGGAGUGCCAAAGCCCCCGAAGCAGCAGUGUGGCAGCCAGCUGUCCCGCCAAACCCCCGCCAGCCGUCAGCCAUGUGAUCAGCAGUAAGACCUCCAUGCUGCGGAGACUGAGAGCUGCCUUUGACGAGAAGGCUGAGGAGACGGCUCAGAGCUAUAUCGACACCCUGGAGCUCAAAGCCAGGGAGCGGUUAGACAGCGGCCUCCGGAGGUAUGGAGCUUUGUGUCACAUGACCGAAUCCCACCACGCUCCUCAUCAUGUGACCUGCAAGUCCCAAGAGACAGAGGCUCCAAACAGCAACAAUAAAAACAAUCACAGCAACAAUAUGUGGCUGUCCACUCUGCUGAGCAGCCUGCCUGUGGAGGUGUGUAAGGAGCGAGCGGUGGGCCGGGUGCUGCAGAAGCUGAGGGGUUUUGCAGAGCAGCAGACGAUCAGGGUUCGACCUCACGUCUUCCUGAGGGUGUUGGGGGGUCUUGAGCCGUGGGAGCUCUGUCUGCCCGAGCUGUGUGUGGCCAUCCAGAUUGCCAUGCAGCAUGUGGUCCAGAUGCCCCGGGAGGAGUACGAGGUUUGGCUGCGUUCGAGAGUCACUCUGCCCCCGCAGUGCCACCGUGCCGCUCAUACGCCAGGUGAACCGCACUCAGCAGGAAGACCUGAAAGGAAAGUCACAGACUGGGACAAAUAGAUAAAGCGAACACACGCACACGCACAAAGGUUUUAAAUUAGUUUGAGGCUGAAAUAGCCUUUAAAGUCACUGGGCAAAAAAUCAUGAGUAUAAGUUGAAUUUGCUUAGAAAAAUCACAUGAGAAGUAACAAAAAAAGCUCAACUGAAUGUUAGAAGACUUAUUAUUAUUAUUAUUAUUAUUAUUAUUAUUAUGAUUAUGUGAUAGUUGCCUGAAGAAAAGGAAUAAUUACCUGAAAGGUUCAAGACUUUUUAUCUGUGUAAGCCUGUGGUUCACACAUGUGCAGGAAGGUAUAAACAUGGAGAUACAGAUAAACAACAAGGGGGAAAUGGGAAGUAAGACUGGUGCAUACCUUUCACUUCUUCCCUUUAUCAAGAGAAUCUACAGUUAUUUGUUACAAAGAGCUACAAAAGGCCUUCCUGGUUUCUUCCCCUGCAGGUCUCCAGUGGAAGCUCACAGGUUACAUGUUAGAACUUGGUAGUUCUUCAAUCCUAUGUGGUAAAUUAUUCUAUGUUUGUCUUUGCUAAUCAUGCUGACUACUCGCUUCUUCUUUUAUUUAUUAAAAAAACAAAAACCACUGUAGAUGUUCCUGUCACUGUAGACCCACCCCUUCCUCUUUGCAAGGAAAGACCUACUUGACUUAGUGUUCAGCUUUUUAGAACUGGUGAGGUUGAAUCACUAUGACACAUAGUGUUACCUGUCUGUAGAGAGCUGCAUUUCUUUGCAUGAAAAUAUCAAAGGCCACUAUUUAAAAUAACAUAAGAUAUUUUUUGCAAAAGGACAAACCUUAAACGCGACGAUACAAACAGUAGGAUGAUGGAUAAACAAGCCAAUAUACCCACACUCAGUUGUGUUGUUGAACCCAGCUAAACACUAAUUUUGACCUUUAACCUUGCUCCGCCUGCUGAUGGAGGGGGAAAUAAAAGUGCCUGACCCCUGA